CCCCAUAGGCUCUGACGUCAAUGCACGUCAACCAGAGAACAUGAUGCCUCCUGCAAGUCAACUCGUGUACUCUCGCAAACACAGCUGAAAUAUUAGAGCUCUAUUGUAUUGAAGGAGGUGGCGUGACACAUCGGCGCGCUCCUGCUUCUUCUGCUGAGACUGGAGCGGACCGUCAGCGAGCACCCUGGCCGGCACGCUGGCAUUUCGACACGGUUUAGCCUCUGCCGACCUCGUUAUCUUGAGGCUCAAGUGGCAGGUCUCUAUCUUCUCGCCCCAAGCCCUAGUGUUUCACUAACAGCAUGGUCAUGGCUGACUGUCACCAAAAGCCAGUGCUCAGGGGUCCCGUCCGAGUGGGCUUCUACGAUAUAGAGCGGACUCUUGGAAAGGGCAAUUUCGCUGUUGUGAAACUGGCAAGACAUCGCAUAACCAAGACAGAGGUGGCUAUAAAGAUCAUCGACAAGACCCAGCUGGAUGCUGUGAACCUAGAGAAGAUCUAUCGUGAAGUACAGAUCAUGAAAAUGCUGGACCAUCCGCACAUCAUUAAACUGUACCAGGUCAUGGAGACCAAGAACAUGCUGUACCUUGUGACAGAAUAUGCCAAGAAUGGGGAAAUCUUUGACUACCUAGCCAAGCAUGGACGGCUGAGCGAACCAGAGGCACGACGCAAGUUCUGGCAAAUUCUGUCUGCUGUUGAGUACUGCCACAAUCGAAACAUCGUUCACCGGGACUUGAAGGCGGAGAAUCUGCUGCUAGAUGGACACAUGAACAUCAAGAUUGCUGAUUUUGGCUUUGGAAAUUUCUUCCAGCCAGGAAAGCCCCUGGCCACAUGGUGCGGGAGUCCUCCAUAUGCAGCCCCGGAGGUGUUUGAGGGACAGCAGUAUGAAGGACCCCAGCUGGACAUCUGGAGUAUGGGGGUGGUUCUGUACGUGCUGGUGUGUGGCGCCCUGCCCUUCGAUGGCCCCUCUCUCCCUGUCCUGCGGCAGCGUGUUCUGGAGGGCCGUUUCCGUAUCCCUUACUUCAUGACAGAAGACUGUGAGCAUCUGAUCAGGCGGAUGUUGGUGUUAGACCCCUCCAAGCGUCUGUCUAUAGGACAAAUAAAGGAACACAAGUGGAUGGUGAUGGAGGUGCCUGUGCAGCGGCCGAUGUUAUAUCAGCAGACUGCAGAGGGGCAGGCUGGUGUGGGAGAAUACAGUGAACAGGUGCUCCGGUUGAUGCACAGCCUAGGCAUCGACCAGCACAAAACCGUAGAGUCUCUUCAGAAUAAGAGUUACAAUCAUUUUGCUGCUAUCUACUAUUUGCUGGUUGAGAGGCUAAAAGCCCACCGCUGUAGUUUCCCAGUGGAGCCCCGACUCGAUGCCCGCCAGAGACGUCCCAGUACAAUUGCAGAGCAGACCGUUGUCAAGGCGAGCAGCGCUGCUCCUCAGGUGAGCCUCCUGCCUCAGAACGUACGUCUCCUGAGAUCCCCAGCUGUGCCUCAAGCCUCUGCAGACUCCUUCACAUUCCCACAGUCCUCCUGUGCUACAGAACACAGCCUCAUGGAGGAGGAGGUUGGGACUCCCAAAGUCAACGGCUGCAUGCUGGACCCCCUGCCCCCUGUGGCUGUUCGCAAAUCCAGCGUCUCGUCCCCAAGCAACAUGAUGGAGACAUCUAUAGACGAGGGUAUCGAGACGGAGGAGCUGGACACUGAGGAUGAUCAUACUCAUGUCUUCAAUGCCUAUCAAUCGGCCCGCUUUGGUCAGCGCAGACACACGCUGUCUGAGGUCACCAACCAGCCAGGAAUCAUUACCAGUGGAGGUAAACUGUUCAGCGUGGGUCAUAACCCCUCUCUGGGUAGCGUGGACUCAGAGUAUGACAUGGGCUCCAUGCACAGUGACCUCAGUCUGCUGGAGGACGCACCCUCUCUUAACGAGGUGGUCCUGGCCAACACACCAGUCACCCGCAUGACUCCGCCCUUCAUGAGCGCUCUGCCCGCUAACCCUGCCAUGCAGGCACUGAGUGCCCAGAGGAGAGAGACACACAACCGCUCUCCCAUCAGCUUCCGUGAGGGCCGCAGAGCAUCAGACACCUCACUCACACAAGGCUUGGUGGCCUUUAGACAGCACCUACAGAAUCUGGCACGGACCAAAGGUAUCCUGGAGCUAAAUAAGGUGUAUGAGCAGAUGGGCUCUGGAGAAACCCCUUCCCUGGGGCUGCUGAGCCCUCAGGCCCAUCCACAUGAUUUAUUGGAUCCUGCACUACAGGAGGAAAGAGGUCAGCACGACAUGGCUCUGUUCUCAGGUGGAGCCCACCCAGCACUGUUGUCAAGGAGACAGAGUCUGGAGCCACAGUACCUCUCUCACAGAAUACAGAAAGCCACACUGAUGGCCAACAGCCCCAGCAGCUGCCAGAUGUUCUGCAAAGAAACUCCUCGCAGUCUGGAGCAGCAGCUGCAGGAACACAGGCUGCAACAAAAACGUCUGUAUCUUCAGAAACAAUCCCAAAUGCAGGCCUACUUCAAUCAGAUGCACAUUGUGGAGGACCCUUACGCUCCCUGUGCAACCAUGGGCCACCAGGACUCCGGAGCCCCACCUCAGCCACAGGGUUCGAUGGCACCAGCACAUCAGCAGACACAGAGUCCCCAGGCCUCACCUCAGUUUGCACACACACAGCCGCUUGGCCCCCUAAUGGAGCCUAACCCAGAAUCCCUGACCUAUGAACCCUACCUGGGCCAUUACACUCAGAUGCAGCCUCUGCCACAAAGCUUCUCUGCUCAGCUGCAUCCCCAACAGCUAGAGCCCCUGAACUACACCUACUCAGCCUACGAUCCAAGCCACUCCGCCCAAGGAGAAGUGCUGUAUCCGGAGCAAUAUGACUAUCCGCUUGAUCCCGGGCAGCCGCCUCCACCCGCAGAGGGCGGCGCGGCUGGGUACGAAGGGCUGGCGUUGGCUGACCCAUUUCUGGACAGCGAAAUGGAGACUGUGGACUCCCAGCAUGGUUUUGUGCUGGUGAACUAAGUCGAGACUCGAAUAACCAGUAUUACCUUGAUUUCUGACUCACUACGGAUGAAUUGACGGAUGAGAUGACGUCACAGGGGCGGAUCGAGUUUUGUACGUUCGAUGUUUAGGUUGUGGCGAACGUGAGCUGUAAUCUUUAUACUUCACGAAACUCCUCCCUACCUCCCUCCUCGUUCUCCAGUGGUCCCACCUGCUGCUCUCUCACUAUAGAGUGCCGGAUGGCGUGGUGUUUGGGCCAGCCACAUCGGGGGCUCACCUCCUCUGGCCUCCGAACCGACUGCAGGAUAGGAGCUGCUCGCUACGCGCCGUAUGUAGCACAAAGACAGCCUAGAUCUGCAAUACGGAGCCUGCUCGACAGCACAAUUAAAUAUUGACACAUUUGUACUGAACAAAAUCACUCAAAGCAUCUGACUUUGAUUAUGAAAGACUAGUCAUGCGCACUAAAUAAGUGCAAUGUUAGUUAAAAACAUAUGGCAAUAUUAAAGCAAUAUACUGAUUCAUCUGGAACAGAAAAAAUUAAGCCAUAAGUUGGAACUGCACCACCCAAAACUGCUAUCACCAGAUGUUUCUCAACUUUCAAACGGCCAAAACCGCAGAUAUUUGUGGACAAAGCUGUGAUUUUGAUCUUUUUUUUUUUUACUGGAUUCCCUCCUCACGCUCAUCCUAAAGGCCCUAAAAAUAACAAUCUGUUCUCCUUAAACCGCAACAGUGUUAUUUUGUUUGCUAAUAUCACAGUUCCUCAGAAUUGGCAUACUGUGAAAGAUGAGUCAUGACUCUCUUUACAUGGUGAUGAUUAAUAAGGAGUGGUUUAUAAGUCAGGUGACAUCACCUCCAUGGGCGGUGUUGGUAUGCAUUUAAAUGAUUUAGAAUUCAAUUAUUAUUAUUAUUUUGGUGGUAUUUACCCCUUGACACUAAAGAAUACAUCAGCAUUUAUGUUUGGUCACAAGACACUGGAUAGUUCGGCCAACUCAUUGCAUUUACGACAGACAAAACAAGAUUGUUUUUGUUAGCAGCACUUAGUAAAUCUGUUCUACUUGAAAUGACAAGUCCGUGACUAAACUCAGAUAUCAGAUACUCUACAGAAAAUGAUCAUCACGCAAACUGAUCACAAUGUUCGGAGCUUUGUAACAGAACAUGUAUUAAGGCAGAUGAUAUACUGGAGCACUUUGUCAAGCAAGCUAAAGGAAAUGUAGCUGAGGAGACGGCAGAUGGGUGAGGUGAACCUGCUCUGCUAGUUUCGUCAAAUAAGAGACAAAAUUCAUCUCUUUCUAAUACCGUGCUCCAGCGCUCUCUCAAAGAAGGAUGCAGAGAGAGCGUGUGACUUGGUGAUUGGUUUGUGUAAAGUAGGAAUUAGAAACUUUGGAAGUGCUUUCAAAAUGCAACAAAUUUUGUAUUUAAUGUGAUAGUGUUCCGUGUGCCUUUUUCUUCUUUCUUUUAAGUUAAGAUCCUAAAAGGAUAGUUCACCUAAAAAUUAAAAGUUCUGUCUUUAUUUACUUGUAUGGAUGACUUUCAUCUGUGAAACACUUUCAAGCAUUAAAAAGAAUGCAAAAGAAUGCAAAAUAAUGAUGAACGUGUUGUAAAAAUGGCCCAUACAGGUUUGGAGUGACAUGAGGUUGAGUUUUAUUUUGGGGUGAACUGUUCUUUAAUAUUUUUUUUUUCGGUUUGAUUCUGUUGGUAUUGUUACAGGUAAUAUGUAGACCCAGGUUUUACAAAGGUACAAAACCAAAGUCCCCUCAGAAGUGUUCCUGUAUAACCCCACCGUGUGGAGUUUGGAGCUUCUUGAUCAGCUUCGUAACAGUGCUUUUUUUUUUUUUUUUUUGGUCGAUCAGUAUAUGCCGUUGAAAAGUAUUAAUAGCAAUAUUUCUUAUGAAUAGUUCAGAAAGAACAGAUUAGUGAAUGUGUUGCCGUAUAUCAUAGUCACACCUCUGCUGGCGAACACCGUUCCUUAGACAUCCUACAAUUCUGCAUUUACCUUCAUGGUUGUUGACCCCACAUAAGCUAAUGUGCUGUUAAGAUUAAAAAAGAUUUAUUGAA